CCCAGGCCCCAGACUCGGGCAAUGCCCACAAGCAAGAUGGCGGCAACGGCGGCACCCCCUACUGCUUAGCGCCCUGACUUGCCAUUGGCCAGAGCCCGGAGUGAAGCAGCCGCGGAUUGGUCAAGAGCGGUGCGGGGGUGGGGGUGGAGCUGCAGCAGCCUGGAGCCAGGAGUGGGCAACGCGGCGUGAGCAGCGGCCCGAGGCUCCCGGAGCAUCGUGCUGGGAGAAGACUUCGCCGCUCGGGGCCGCAGCCUGUGUGAUCUCAUCGCCGCCCUGUCGUGACUUCAUCAAUGUCGUGUUGUGACCUGGCUGCGGCGGGACAGUUGGGCAAGGCGAGCAUCAUGGCCUCAGAUUGCGAGCCAGCUCUGAACCAGGCAGAGGGCCGAAACCCCACCCUGGAGCGCUACCUGGGAGCCCUCCGUGAGGCCAAGAAUGACAGUGAGCAGUUUGCAGCCCUGCUGCUAGUGACCAAGGCAGUCAAAGCAGGUGACAUAGAUGCCAAAACUCGGCGGCGGAUCUUCGAUGCUGUCGGCUUCACCUUCCCCAAUCGUCUCCUGACCACCAAGGAGGCGCCAGAUGGCUGCCCUGACCAUGUUCUGCGGGCUUUGGGCGUGGCCCUGCUGGCCUGCUUCUGCAGUGACCCUGAACUGGCCGCCCAUCCCCAAGUCCUGAACAAGAUUCCCAUUCUUAGCACCUUCCUCACAGCUCGGGGGGACCCGGACGAUGCUGCCCGCCGCUCCAUGAUUGAUGACACCUACCAGUGCCUGACGGCUGUAGCAGGCACACCCAGAGGGCCUCGGCACCUUAUUGCUGGUGGCACUGUGUCUGCCCUAUGCCAGGCAUACCUGGGGCACGGCUAUGGCUUUGACCAGGCCCUGGCACUCCUGGUGGGGCUGCUGGCUGCUGCGGAGACACAGUGCUGGAAGGAGGCGGAGCCCGACCUGCUGGCCGUGUUGCGGGGCCUCAGUGAGGAUUUCCAGAAAGCUGAGGAUGCCAGCAAGUUUGAGCUCUGCCAGCUGCUGCCCCUCUUUUUGCCCCCGACAACCGUGCCCCCUGAAUGCUACCGGGAUCUGCAGGCCGGGCUGGCACGCAUCCUGGGAAGCAAGCUGAGCUCCUGGCAGCGCAACCCUGCACUGAAGCUGGCAGCCCGCCUGGCACACGCCUGCGGCUCUGACUGGAUCCCGGCGGGCAGCUCCGGGAGCAAGUUCCUGGCCCUGCUGGUGAAUCUGGCGUGCGUGGAAGUGCGGCUGGCACUGGAGGAGACGGGCGCGGAGGUGAAAGAGGAUGUGGUGACCGCCUGCUAUGCCCUCAUGGAGUUGGGGAUCCAGGAAUGCACUCGCUGUGAGCAGUCACUGCUUAAGGAGCCACAGAAGGUGCAGCUCGUGAGCGUCAUGAAGGAGGCUAUAGGGGCUGUUAUCCACUACCUGCUGCAGGUGGGGUCAGAGAAGCAGAAGGAGCCCUUUGUGUUUGCCUCGGUGCGGAUCCUGGGUGCCUGGCUGGCCGAGGAGACCUCAUCCUUGCGUAAGGAGGUGUGCCAGCUGCUGCCCUUCCUCGUCCGCUAUGCCAAGACCCUCUACGAGGAGGCCGAGGAGGCCAAUGACCUUUCCCAGCAGGUGGCCAACCUGGCCAUCUCCCCCACCACCCCAGGGCCCACCUGGCCAGGAGACGCUCUCCGGCUUCUCCUGCCUGGCUGGUGCCACCUGACCGUUGAAGAUGGGCCCCGGGAGAUCCUGAUCAAGGAAGGGGCCCCCUCGCUUCUGUGCAAGUAUUUCCUGCAGCAGUGGGAACUCACAUCCCCUGGCCACGACACCUCGGUGCUGCCUGACAGCGUGGAGAUUGGCCUGCAGACCUGCUGCCACAUCUUCCUCAACCUUGUGGUCACCGCACCGGGGCUGAUCAAGCGUGACGCCUGCUUCACAUCUCUUAUGAACACCCUCAUGACGUCGCUACCAGCACUAGUGCAGCAACAGGGAAGGCUGCUUCUGGCUGCUAAUGUGGCCACCCUGGGGCUCCUCAUGGCCCGGCUCCUUAGCACCUCUCCAGCUCUUCAGGGAACACCAGCAUCCCGAGGGUUCUUCGCAGCUGCCAUCCUCUUCCUAUCGCAGUCCCACGUGGCGCGGGCCACCCCGGGCUCAGACCAGGCAGUGCUAGCCCUGUCCCCUGAGUAUGAGGGCAUCUGGGCCGACCUGCAGGAGCUCUGGUUCCUGGGCAUGCAGGCCUUCACCGGCUGUGUGCCGCUGCUGCCCUGGCUGGCCCCCGCUGCCCUGCGCUCCCGCUGGCCGCAGGAGCUGCUCCAGCUGCUAGGCAGUGUCAGCCCCAACUCUGUCAAGCCCGAGAUGGUGGCUGCCUAUCAGGGUGUCCUGGUGGAGUUGGCGCGGGCCAACCGGCUGUGCCGGGAGGCCAUGAGGCUGCAGGCGGGCGAGGAGACGGCCAGCCACUACCGCAUGGCUGCCUUGGAGCAGUGCCUGUCAGAGCCCUGAGGGGUGUCCACCGGGGACAGACCCAGGGGCGGGCAGAGAGGGAAGGAGGGAGGAGGCAUCUUCCCUGAAGCCCCCAAACUGGCCCCCCACUCCCCAGACUUCCCCCCCAAAACACCCCAGCUUUCUGGCUUUUCUGAGGGCAAGGGCAUGGUGCCAACCCCUCAAGUGUAAGGAACUGCGUUCCGCCCCUCAGGCCCCCGUGGGGGCAGGGAUCGGCUUGGAAAUCAACGUGGUUGUCCCCGCCAGGCCGGGGAAGGUUGGAGCAGCCCCCAGGGAGGGGGGCACUAGAUGUCAUUGUGCCCAAUGUCUGGCUCCCCUGCAGGAGGGAGGCUCCAGGGUAAGACAGGGCUGGCAGGAGCAGACUGCCUCAGCCCAUGUGCCCUGCCGGCCAGGGCGUGGGCUCCCCUUGGCUGUGGUGCCUCCUCUGGCCCCCCAGGUCCACGUCCUUUAAAUUGGCCCUUUGGCUCUUGCCCUUGGCUCCCUUGGGCAGAGAGCAGGCUUAGGCCAUUGAUAUCGCAGUUCUUCCUAUCAACUUCGGUGACCCAGGGUCUGAACUGCCCCCAUCCUAGGGCAACCUGGGGCAGACAGGCCUGGUAGGGGGUGGGGAAACCUUCUUCCACCUGAGCUUGCUUGAAGGGACCCAGGAGUCUUUGGGCCCAGAUCUUUAAACCUUUGUGUCGUGUUGCAGCAGAGUGACGAUGGGGGUUGGGGGGGUUAUUUAUUUUGCCUGUCCUUAUCCCUGCUUGGACACCUGAGCAUCUGAUUCCUGUCCCCCUGGUGCCAUCUGGCCUGGCUGGAGCCAGGAACAGGAGGGACACUUCCCCAGAAUCCGCAUGUUUCCCCAGUGAUUGCACCCCACUGCCACCGUGGUGCCUGGCUUUAACUCCCACCCCUGCUAUGACUCCUCUCUGCAGAGACGCGACUGGCGGCUCCAGCAGGGACUACCUUUCUUAUAAACCCAGGGGGACCCCACACACACACACACACACACUUGAUCCCUUGCUUCCCUCCCCACUUCCCUCCCCCAGUGCGUUCUGUGAUCGCCAAGUUCAAAGCUGUGCACAUGUGGACACUCAAUAAAUGUUCAUUGGUGACGAGAA